UAUUUAGAUUAUCUAGAAAUUAAACCCUAACCAACUAUAAACUUUAAAUAGUCCGCAGUUAGAUCAAUACGGAAAAUCUAGAAAAUCCCAUUUGCCAUUUUUCCCCUAAAAGUUAUCUUUUUUAAAGUAAACUAGAGUUCCAGCCUUAACUUGUAAAGUGAAUACGUACAGUCAGGAUCCAGUUAUGUUCGUGAAGUACGCGGAAUUUUUAACAAGAAAUGUUAUUCAUAUUUCCAAAUUACAUAAGAAAAAUGUUUCUGAAUAUUAUAAAACCAUGUAUGUUCUGCGCAUGCGUUACUCUAACACUGUUCUUCGACCAAUCCUAGUUCAGCCGUCUCAGCUGGACAGACGUUUCCUCCAAUCCCAGCCUAAGCACAGUUUCAUAAUACAAAACUAAUGUAAUAUCAGAAUCAACACAACAUUUAGUAAGUGAACACUCUUGUAUCAGUGUUUAACUGAGAGUUAUUAUUGUGUUGCAAACCUUGAUUAUGACUGGUUCUAAACAUUUAGUUAAUUAAAAACUGAACUCCAACGCGUGUUUGUGAAACAGAGAGGCGUAUUAAAUAUAAAAAUGUUUAAAAAAAUACUUAGUAAAUGCUCCUCUGGUAGCCGGGAAGAGAAAGAUUCAAUUGAAUCAACCAGUCGAAAUUCUGCCAGUAUUUUUCAAGUGACAUUGGUGAGCUGAUGAUAGAACAGUUUACUAGAAACCCUCGGGCCCGUCGGCGCAUGUUUCUAACCGACCCUUGGUCUUGUUUCUGCUGCGCCAGUAUACUGAUUGAUCCGGUCAGUGUAGCUUGCGGUCAUACUGCCUGUAAACAGUGCUUGUCAAAGGAGACAAACCAAUGUUGUCGCAAGUGUGGAAAGAAGUUUAGUGCUGUUCUCGAGGAUCCAGUCAACAACAUUCAGAUAAAGACUUCUAUCCUUGUAAGUGAACUUGUGAAGAAGUAUUGGGCGAAAGAAAUGAAAGUUUACGAAUUGAGAAACGAGGGAAAUAAACUCUUUCAACGUGGAGAGGAAGAGUUAUCAGUAAUAAGAUAUUCAGAAGCAUUUGCAUUAGUUGAGACUGAUCAUCUGUUGACAAGCAAUCGGUCUCAUGCUCUCUUCAAGCUUGGUAGAUAUCAGGAGGCUCUAGAGGAUGCAGAGCGAACUAUUAGUAUUCGACCGGACUGGGGGAAAGGAUACUUUAGAAAAGGAAUGGCUCUACAAGGAUUAGGAGAACAUGGCGAGGCCUUGGUUUCCUUUUUCGAGUGUCUAGUCCUAGAGGAGAACAUAUCCAAGCUUGUUAAGACUGAAAUAUACAAGGUUCUCUUCAGACUCGUCUCAGAGGAGAUUAGCAAGGUCGAGGAUGGUGUGGAGGUCGGUGUCGAGGCUGGGGUAGAGGCUGAGGCUGGGGUAGAGGCUGAGGCUGGGGUUGAGACUGGUGUUGAGGCUACUGAUACUGAAAAGUCUAAGCUAGAGCUUGAAAAGAGUGAGAAUGAGAGUGCUAUGAGUGUAGUGUUGGGUGGGAGUGAAAAGGAGUCCUAUAUGAGUGUGGCGGAUAAGACUGUAGUGAGCAGGAUGAGUGAAGGAGUGGCCGAUGAUGAUAAAAGUGAGACCGGGACGGAAAUGAGAAAAAGACUGCUGAUACCUAGAAAUAGGAAUGUGUGUAGGGCGAUAGAACAGAUAGAGGAACGAUUUUUCCAGAUCUCUGAACAAAAUUUUAAACCUGCCAAUAGAUUUAUUGACCCAGUGUUAGUGGAUGUCGCUGACUUUGAGUGCUCUCUUUGUUUUAGAUUACUUUGGGAGCCUGUGACGACUGUCUGUGGGCAUACCUACUGUAAAUCCUGUCUUGACCGGUCAUUAGACCAUCGCUCAGAGUGUCCACUCUGUAAAGCAGAACUAACUGUGAUAGCUGGAAGAAUGGAGGUGAACGAGUUUAUUGAUCAAACUAUCCGUCGAAUGCUUCCUUCUGAAUACCUGGAUCGACGGAAUCUCGUUGAAGAAGAAUUCUCCGAGUUGACCGGAACAAGAACCGACGGCAGAGUUGAGGUGCCUAUAUUUGUGUGCACUAUGAGCUUCCCUUUUAUACCAUGUCCUCUACACGUUUUCGAACCAAGAUAUCGACUCAUGAUUAGAAGGUUAAUUUUGUGUAGAUUUUCUGAUUACGGGACUAUGCUGGAAAUACGAGAUAUUAAAUAUUUUGCUGAUGGACGCAGCGUUGUAGAGACUAUAGGAUCCAGACGGUUUCGUGUGCUGGAGCGUGGCUCCCGGGACGGAUACAGUACUGCUGUAGUCGAGUUCCUAUUCGAUCUGGUUCCAGAAGGAGAGAGUUUAGUUGAGCUGAAAGAUCUGCAUGAUCAGACCCAGAGACUAGCUCUUACUUGGUUCAAUAAUAUGGAGCCUAGUGUUAAGACAAAUAUAAUAUCCCACUACGGAGUUAUGCCGGAAGUAGAACGGGAAUAUUGGAGUUCUCAAUCAGGGCCAGCAUGGUCUUGGUGGGUCCUGGCCAUACUUCCGCUAGAAACAUUAGCUCAGCAACAAAUUUUGUGUCAAACUUCACUGAAGAGAAGAUUAGAAGCUAUUACACGGAUAAUUGGGUACAUGAAGCGAAGAGCAGGUCAACCUUCUUAAAAUAGUUGUAAUUAAACUGGAGAGGAAGUCAACCUUCUUGAAAUAGUUGUGUUCAUAAAUUGGAGGGGUGGUCAACCUUCAUAGAACAGUUGUACACAAUCUGGAGAAGAGGUCAACUUUCUAGGAGAACAGUUUAAAAUAAAAUGGAGAGGUGUCAGCCCUUUAAAAAAAACAGUUGAACACAAACUGGAGAGGUGGUCAACCUUCAAAGAAACAGUUGCACACAAACUGGAGAGGAGGUCAACUUUCAUAAGACAUGCUUAGAACAGUAAAAGAUGUCGAUAUCUUUAAUUAGUUCGUAACCAUGACAAGAUAAAUUUUGAACUAAACUAGAUAUUCUUCUGGCGUGAAGUGUACGUUAUACCAGUGUACACAAAUUCUAAGAUUACAUGAUUUACCUUGACUAGUUAACUAACACAUUAAUGCAAGUUUGCAUUUCAAACCAUGUUUGAAUGCUUAAUGUACUCCAUAAACUUUACACUUUCUGAUCCCCGUGCUUGCAACAUACCAAAAAUGCGUUUAACACUAUUUUUUUUAUAUGUUAUCAUCUCGUAUUUUUCUAUUUCUGAAUACUCAGUAUACAGAUAAAUUACCUCCCUGUUUGAACACUUUUGUUUCAUUCCUGUACGUAUAUUAUCCACGUGUUUUUUUUGCUUCACUGGAUUAGUUCCCCGGAUUUUCUCACCUUCAAGUCACGUGGUUUAUUUUGUUUACCAGCUUGAAGCGCUUACGUGAUUCAUUCAGAACUCAUGAUAAAACUACUGUUAUUCUAUAGAGUAAUUUUUCGAUAGUUAGUUUUUUUUAUAAAUUUUGUAAGGAAAAUGUUACUUUUAAAUUAUUUCCCUUCUGUGGUGGGGGGUAAGUUUGUUUUUCUUAUUUCUUUUAUCGUCAUGUUAUGCUGAAAUUUUUCAAUUGUAAAUGUUUAAUGGGGGAGGGGGCUCAUCGGUGACCUUUAUUCUGAAUACUACCUGAAUCCUAAAAAAAAAUUAAGUAAUAGUUCUAUUGAAAAAGAAUAGGUUCGCGUUUAGUUAAUCAUCAGUCAUCACUAAUGUUUUUCAUUCAUCUCCAUUCUCUUAAUUCUGUAUUUUGAUUACUAAACAAUUUACUAUUUAUUAUGAAUAAAAAAGUUCUUAGUGA